AUGGACGAAACGGACUUUAAAGCUGAAUAUGCCAAAAGUGAUCGUUCAACGUGUAAACUAUGUCGCUCAACAAUUGAUCGAGAUUCUCUUCGUUUGGCGAUCAUGGUUCAGUCGCCAGCAUUUGAUGGCAGGAUUCCAACAUGGUACCAUUAUGGUUGUUUCUUCAAGAAAGUGAAACCUAAAGAUGUUCAUGUUGUCAAAGGUUUUGCUGAAUUAAGAUGGGAAGAUCAACAAAAAAUUAAAGAUAAAAUUCACAACAAUUCGUCAAAAAGUGCUAAUGUGGUCGGAAAUAGUGGUUUAUUUUCUGCUGAAUAUGCAAAAUCAAACCGAAGUACAUGUCGCGCUUGUAGUGACAAAAUUGAUAAAGAUGUCCUACGUGUAUCAAAGAAAAAUUAUUCUAGCGAAACGGCAUCGCGUUUUGGUCCGGCAGAUGACUGGUACCAUUUGGAUUGUUUUUUUGAACAAAAACAGGAGUUGGAGUUUAACGGUACAGCGGAAUCGUUUUCUGGUUUCGCAGAUCUGUACAAAGAAGAUCAAACAUUAUUAAAAAAGAAAUUUGGUACAACUUCAGGAAGUCGAAAACGUAAAGGUGACAAAUUAUUAUCGACGGCCGACGGAACACCCGAAGAAAAAAUUGCUCGAUCAGAAAAUGACGACGAAAAAAAUUUACGUGAACAAAGCGAAUUAUUAUGGUCGUAUAAAGAUGCUUUACGUAAAGAAGUACCAAAUGAUAUAUUGAAAGAAAUACUUCGACAUAAUGAACAGCAUGUUGGUGCAGGAGAACAAGUUUUAAUUGACUCUGUUGCCGAUUGUAUGGCAUUUGGCGCAUUGGAACCAUGUCCGGAAUGUGGUGGUUUACUUGUCUUUAGCCACCAUUGUUACCGUUGUAAUGGCGAUGUAACAGAGUGGACAAAAUGUCAGUUUAGUACAACAACACCAGUACGAAAAACAUUUAAAUUACCAACUGAUAUAAAAAAAGAAUAUGAUGCAUUCAAAAAUUAUAAAUCUGUGAAACGGGAUCGUGUAUUUCCAAAAAUUAAAGAAAAGUCUGUUAGUAUUACUAAAACACCAGAAGCAUCACGUGGUCUACCAUUGCAAGAACCGGAAUAUGACGCGGAUCAACCUUUGAAAAAUUGUCGUAUAGCCUUUGCUGGCCGAUUAUCGAAUUCAGCAGCAACAUUACAAAAAUUAGUUGAACGAAUGGGUGGAAAUUAUUCGAGUAAAAUCGAUGAUUCAGUUGAUGUUGUUAUUAGUACAUCUGAUGAAUUGAAAAAAAUGUCGAAAAAAUUAGUCGAUGCUCAAACACAUAAUAUCCACGUUGUACCUGAACAUUAUUUUGAUGAUGUUAAAAUUGAUCGACCAUCGAAUGUCAUGGAAAAAUUAAAAAUAUCUUCAUGGGGUAUUUUGCCACAUCUUCGACGUCAACAGUUAUUAGAUGUCGAAAAACAAAAACAGCAACAAAAGCAAGUAUCACAAUUAGCCAAAUCAGACGGUAUGAGAACAGUAUAG